UCUCUUUCUCUCUUUCUCUCUCUCUCUCACUGACAUAUCUCUCUCUCUCUCUUUCGAACUCUUGUGCGACUUUUGCUUCUUCGAUUUUGGAAUCGGAACUUUUUUUUGUUUUUUUUUGUUUUUGCAGGAUAGGUAUGAUGAAAUUGAGUUCUGGAGAAUCAUCGGACCGAGAAAGCUGGGAUAAACUUUUCAAGACAUUGGUAAAGAUUCUACAGACGAAACAAGACGACGUCGAAUCGCUUCUUAAAGACAGAAAGCUUCUAGAAGACAAAUUCAAAUCUCAACAAGAGAACUGGAUUUCAGAUGUCCGUAACUUCGAGGAACAACUCUCUCUGAUGAAGAGAGAAAUUGAAACGAUGGAUAUGAAGAAGGUCUUUGAGACCUCUAAAGACAAUCUCUUGUCUGUAUUAAAGGAAAAGGAUCUUUCUCUUUGCAAUUUGAAAUUAGAAGAGACGGUGGAUGAGUUAAAUGACUUCAAGGCUUGGUUUGAUUUCUUCACUCUCAGUACAAAUAAGGAAAGUGGUGACUCAUUGGAAGCAGAGAUGAGGAAACUGAAGCUAGAGUAUGAGAAGCUUGCUUCUGAGAAGAAGCGUGAAGUAUCUGAUCUUUUACGGGAGAAGAGUUUUGCUUGGAGUCAGCUUAAAUGUAUCGAAAGUGGGUUUACUGAUAAGUUGAAGAAGAAAGAAGAUGAGAUUGCUCAAGCGAAUGCCAAGAUAUCUAGUCUUAUAUCUUAUCAAGAGCAGAUUCAGUCAGCUAACCAUGAGAAAGAUGAGAUUAUCUCUAGCUUGAAGGCUAAGGUUUCUGCAAUGGAAAUGAAUUCUAGGAAGAAAGAUGAGGAGGUGUCUAAGCUCUCACGGGAACUAGAGUCUUUGAAGAAGGCUCGUAGCUUAACACCGGUUUUGACUAGAUGCACAACACGUGAGAAAGGUAGCAAUAGUAACACGGUGGGAUCUACUAAGAAAGAGAAGCUAGUUGCAUCAACACCUAUUCAAGAGGAAAUUAAAAGCUCGAAGAGGAAGAGAGGGAACAAGACCACCCCAGCCACAGUUUCAGUAAUACCAAAGCUGUUCACUUCCACGUUUAGGAUUCCCAAGUUAAAGUCUCCCCCAUCUUCUGGAGCUAUAUAG